AUGAAUUCAAAGCGAAAUUGCAGAGAACCAACGCCUUUUUCCAAUGCUUCAAGUUUAUCAAAUCCAGAUUGCCGUGGGGUUUGCCUGAUGGGUAUCACCUGGAAAAAUGAACAGCGUCCAUCUUUCAUCAAUUUCAUCUCCUCCUUUCUCAAUGCAAAUUCUUUUCGUUUAAACUUUGUGCCAAUUGCUCCAGAUUUCAUCUUUAACUGUGGUGGUUUGUCAGUAGCUUUCUUAUUUGUGACUAAUUGGGAUUGCAAUGACACUUCAUCCAUAUUCAGCAGAGUUCAGAAACUGAAUGGACAGUUUGCACACUUCUAUGUGGUUGUUACCCUCCCAACUAAGGAGCAGAAUGAUUCUUUCAUACGCUCUUAUUUCAAAUAUGACAUGAAACUUGGUAAGCCAACAUUCGUGCCAGUACAAGACUUGGAGAUGGGUUUUGAGAAGAUUGUAAAAAUAGCACAUGCUCGAGGGAUGUGUAAGCGGCAGGAUGCUAUAGCAAAAUUGAGAUCUGAGAGGGAAAAAUCAGUGCAAGGGAUGGACGUUUAUCUCAAAGUGGUCACGUCAAUUCCCGGAAUCGAUAGCCAUGAUGCAAAUGCGCUGAAUCAAGCCAUUGGUUCAAUCGAAGCAAUAGCCAAAGCAUCAAAGGAGUACAUUUUGGAGAACACUGACCUUUCGGCUGAGAAAGCCGAAAAAAUCACUAGAUUGGACUCUUUAUCCUUCUGUAUUCUGGAAAUAAUAGAAAUUUUCUACUGGCGUCUUAAUGUUAAGGUAGAAAAAUUCCAACAGAGACCAAGGAGCAAAGGUUAA